CAUGUAUCUCAGCCAACAUACAUAAAACGUAUCCAGCUGUUGCCGCGCCGCAGCAGUUAUGAACAUUACAAAAGGCUGACGUUUUCUCAAAUAUCCGACCUUCGUUAUGGGCACUGCGUCUUCUUUAGUCAGUCCUGGAGGAGAGGUGAUUGAGGAUGGAUAUGGUGGUGAAGGAGGAGAAGCCUGUGAGAUACCGGUUGAAGUGAGGCCCAAAGCCCGACUCCUGCGCAGCUCCUUCCGCCGAGGACCUCGGGUAAUCGGGGCCAGUUUCAAAUCCACGGGAUCUGUGGAUCUUGAAUACACAGCAGAGUACGAGAGACUCCGUAAAGAGUACGAAAUCUUCCGUGUCAGCAAGAAUAAUGAGGUUGCAUCCAUGCAAAGGAAGGAAGCCAAGCUGGAUGAGGAAAACAAGAGGCUGAGGGCCGAGUUGCAGGCUCUUCAGAAGACCUAUCAGAAGAUCCUCAGAGAAAAAGAAGGUGCUCUUGAAGCAAAGUACCAAGCUAUGGAGAGGGCGGCCAACUUUGAGCAUGACAGGGACAAAGUAAAACGACAGUUUAAGAUUUUUCGGGAGACAAAAGAGAAAGAGAUCCAGGACCUCCUUCGGGCUAAGAGGGACCUGGAGGCCAAACUUCAACAGUUACAGACUCAGGGAUUUCAUGUCUACAGUCCAAACGGUUCUGAUUCAGACGAUAACCAAACUACUGUGACCGCUGUAGGAACACAGUGUGAAUACUGGACAGGAGGGGUGCUGGGAAGUGAACCAUCGAUGGGUAGUAUGAUGCAGUUGCAGCAGACUUUCAGGGGGCCAGAGUUUGCACACAGUUUAAUUGAUGUGGAAGGACCCUUUGCAAAUGUGAGCAGAGAUGACUGGGAUGCUGCGGUGGCCAGUCUGCUUCAGGUGUCACCUCAUGUGCCCCAAGCCUUAUGGAGUAACACUGUGCGCUGCUACCUUAUCUCUACACAGGACACCAAAGCUGAGCUAGAUAUCUUUAUGAAGAAACACUCUUUAGAGUUACGACAGAUGUGCGAGUGUCUGGGCCAUUUCUACCUAAAUGUUUGCUUCCCAGAGGAGACCGCCGCUUCAUACAUCACAGAGCGCAUACAGGAGAUCGAAAAGAGCUCAGUGUGUGUGCUUCUUCUCAAAUCCACUGUCACUAGCUCUGUAGUAGAGGAUUGUGAAGAGGCUUUCGUGAGGAACCUGGAUGGCCAUUCACUGGUGCUGUACCUUCGGACUGAAGAGGGUAGCAGUUUGACUGAACCCAUCAGGGAGCUGUUAGAGAAAGUCAACACUGCAGACAAGGCUGCUAAAGUCAAGGUGGUGGAUCAUAGCGGCUUUGCAGAAGACGGAGCUAACCUCAUUUAUGCUCAGCUUAAGCAACUCAUCAAGCAGGAGCUGCUGGGUUUUGAAGCAGCAGAUGUGGACUCAAAGGACUCUGUCAUAGACGAGGAAGACUCUGGAGACGUGCUGUGGGACCUGCAUGAUGAACAAGAGCAGAUUGAGUCCUAUCAGCAGGCUUGUAGCAGCACUACCUCCCAGUUAGGCUUUCAGAAGUAUAUAGAUCGUUUGAAUGACAUGAUAGCUGCCCCCCCUCCCACACCGCCUCUGCUGGUAUCUGGUGGUCCAGGCUCUGGAAAGUCUCUCCUGCUCUCCAAAUGGAUUGAGCUGCAGCAGAAACAAUCCCCCAGCACCUUGUUCCUUUAUCAUUUUGUCGGUCGCCCACUUUCCACAAGCUCGGAGCCAGUUCUCAUCAUCAAACGUCUCACAGUCAAACUGCUGCAGCAUUUCUGGUUCAUUUCUGGUUUAACCAUGGACCCCAGUAAGACCUUGGAGAAGUUUCCCCGCUGGCUUGAAAGACUGUCCGCACGGCAUCAAGGAAACAUCAUCAUCAUCAUCGACUCAAUUGACCAAAUACACCAAGCAGAACGACACAUGAAGUGGCUGAUUGAUCCUCUUCCUGUUAAUGUCAGAGUGGUGGUUUCUGUCAAUGUAGAGACGUGUCCUCAAGCUUGGAGGUUGUGGCCGACGCUCCACUUAGAUCCACUCAGUCCUAGAGAAGUCAAGAGCGUAGUCACUGCAGAGUGUCAGGGUGUGGGUCUCAAACUUACCAAAGACCAGGAGAAAAAGUUAGAAAGGCACUGCCGCUCUGCAUCAACCUGCAAUGCGUUAUACGUCACUCUGCUGGCAAGGAUGAUCACUAGUGGCAGAUCUGACUGGUCUCUGGAGAAGAGCCUGGAGCAGUGUCUGCAGUGUCAGGACACCAUGUCUCUGUAUUGUCUGGCGCUCAAGACGAUGCUAAAUUCCCUCGACACAGACACAAAGAGACACGUGAUGAAAGAGAUGCUGUGCCUUGUGUUUGCCAGCCAUAAUGGAGUGAGCGAAUCAGAAGUAUUAGAUUUGUUCCCAGAGCUGGAGCUACCUGUGCUGUCCUUUCUGCUCCACAACCUGAACAGACUCUGCAUUACAACCCUUCGUUGUGGACUCAUCAGUUUUCAGCACCUACAGGCUGGUGAAGCUGUGAGACUGGAGUUCCUGAGUGGAGGAAGCAGCUCUGCUUCUUACAGAGAGAAACUUAUUCAUUACUUCAACCAGCAGCUCAGUCAGGACCAUGUGACAUGGCGGGUCGCAGAUGAACUUCCCUGGCUGCUCCAGCAACAGGAGGAAAGAAUUAAACUACAACUUUGUCUUUUGAAUCUGUUUGUCUCCCAAAAUCUCUAUAAGAGGGGUCAUUUCACUGAACUGCUGGCCCAUUGGCAGUAUGUGGGCAAAGACAAAACUUCCAUGGCAACCGAGUACUUUGACUCUCUGAAACACUACGAGAAAAGCUGCGAGAGUGAAGAAGACAUGACCAAGCUCGCAAACCUAUAUGAAACUUUGGGACGUUUUCUUAAAGACUUGGGCCUUCCCAGUCAGGCUGUAGCACCUUUACAAAGAUCUCUUGAGAUCAGAGAGACAGCCCUAGACCCAGACCAUCCCAGCGUAGCUCGUUCUCUGCACCAGCUGGCUGGAGUUUAUGUCCAGUGGAAGAAAUAUGGGAAUGCUGAGCAGCUGUACAAGCAAGCGCUUGAGAUAAGUGAGAACGCCUACGGUGCAGAACAUCCCAGUGUGGCCCGGGAGCUAGAGUCGCUCGCUGUGCUCUAUCAGAAGCAAAACAAGUAUGAACAAGCUGAGAAACUAAAAAAGAGGUCAGUUAGGAUCCAUCAGAAGACUGCCCGCCAGAAAGGUCAUAUGUAUGGCUUCACUUUGUUGAGACGCAGAGCCCUCCAGCUGGAGGAGCUGACCCUGGGAAAAGACUCCGCAGAUUCUGCUAAAACACUCAACGAGCUAGGUGUCCUCCACUACCUCCAAAACAACAUGGAUGCAGCAAAGGUAUUUCUGACCCGCUCACUGGAGAUGCGUCAGCGUGUCCUCGGCCCAGAUCACCCAGACUGCGCUCAGUCUCUCAACAACUUGGCCGCCCUGCACACUGAAAGGAGGGAGUACGAGACCGCCGAGGACAUGUACGAGAGGGCGCUGGAAAUCCGCAAGAAAGCCUUGUCGCCAGACCACCCCUCUCUGGCGUACACACUCAAACAUUUGGCCAUGUUGUAUAAACGCAGAGGGAAGCUGGAGAAAGCAGUUCCUCUUUACGAGUUAUCUUUAGAGAUAAGGGAAAAAAGUUUUGGUCCCAAACAUCCAAGUGUAGCCACAGCGCUGGUAAACCUCGCUGUAGUCUACUGCCAGCUGAAGAAGCACAGCGACGCCUUGCCGCUUUACGAACGAGCACUCAAAGUGUACGAGAACAGUUUGGGCCGCUCACAUCCACGAGUUGGCGAAACCCUGAAGAACCUGGCUGUGCUUAGUUAUGAGAGGGGUGAUUUUGAGAUGGCAGCUGAACUUUAUAAGCGUGCGAUGGAGAUUAAAGAGGCCGAGACAUCAUUAGUGUGUGGCAACGCCCCGUCACGCCACUCCUCCAGCGGGGACACGUUCAGUGUGAAGGGGCCAGCUCCACCAGCACAUGCUCCGAGGUGA